ACCGGAAGUGUUUAUAAUUUGUAUAUCAGCGGUAUUACAGCGCUCAGUCGCGGUGGAAACGAAGGUCACCUCACCUCACCACGUCGCCGUCAGGGAUACAGACCUUUUCCUGUAACGACUUCUCGACCCGAUGGACAGUUUUGAUAAUUUCAGCGCGUCGGAAAAGGCGGAAGCGACCGAGCUGCAGCGGAUGAUCGCCGUGGAGCAGCAGAAAGCGCAGUUCCAGGCCCAGGUGCACAAUUUCACUGACAUCUGCUGGGACAAGUGUGUGGACAGUCCGGGCUCGAAGCUGGACUACAGGACUGAGACGUGUCUGGUGAGCUGUGUGGAGCGAUUCAUCGACACCACGCUGACCAUCACCAACCGCUUCACACAGAUGGUGCAGAAGGGCGGUCAUUAAUAAUGGACUACAGAUGCCGACAGGACUGAUUUAUGACAUAAAUAAAGUGUUUAGAAUUAUGGAUGGAAGAUGAUGUGAAGAGGAUGUUUUUUGUUUUUUUAACUUACUGUUUAUGCUGUGGACUGGUGCAUAGGGGGUUCAAAAUGACUUGAAAAUGGGAAACUAUAUCUUUGUCGUUGCAGGUACCUAUUUGUGAGAAAUCAUGUAAUAUGACAUUUAGUAAACUGACACAGUACAUUGGUGUUCGCCAUCA